CCAUCUCGGCUGACUGCGGGCGAGGUACAUGCGGACAAUUUAGAGUCGUGCGAGAAAACCCACGCAGGCGAGGCCGGAUUUGAACCCGCGUCCUCACAACUGUGAGGCAAAUGUGCUAACCAAGUCGGCCGCCUGGUCGCUACUUCACGGACUAAAGUUAUUUGGGUUUUCUGGAACGUAACCCCUGCAUAUAAAUAAGUCGUAUAUCAUACAAUUGUUCCGUACGUAGUAUUGAUGUUGGUAGUAGCAGAAUAAAAUAGAAGCCUCUAGUCUAGGCUAAACUGUUAAUGUUAAUGUUAAGUGCAGUCCAAGGUUUGGUGUUUGUGGGAGUCGGUUGCAGUUGUCGUUUCGGUUCUUUUGGUCCCCGAGCGGCCGCCGUCCUACUUCCUGGUGUGAGUGUGCCCCGCUUGGCGAAAGUUAGCCAGCUAGCCGCGUCGCUAAUUAGCUUUUCUCCACCCAAGAAAACGACACAAAUCCUCAUCUCGAGUUAUUUGCUUUGCCGGCCGCGCGUGGCGGCUGUGAUGCUUUGUCACGAUGGGAAAUCUGUUUGGGAAAAAGAAACAAAGUCGAGUGACGGAACAAGACAAGGCCGUUUUGCAACUGAAACAGCAACGAGAUAAACUGAGGCAGUACCAGAAGAAGAUCGGCCUGCAGCUGGAGAAGGAACGACUUCUUGCCAAGCGGCUGCUGAAAGAUGGCCGAAAAGAGAACGGCGGCUUUUACUGGAGCUUAUUUGGGGACCUUCUCUGCCUCUUCUUCUUACUGUGAAUUACGCAGAAUCUUUUCCAGAGGAGCUCCGAGCAGCUCGGCACGCAAAGCGCUGCUCCUGCUGAAGAAGAGGCGCUAUCAGGAUCAGCUGCUGGACAAGACGGACAACCAAAUCAGCAACCUGGAGCGCAUGGUUCAGGACCUGGAGUUCGCCCAGAUCGAGAAGAAGGUCAUCGACGGCCUCCGAGUGGGAAACGAGUGUCUGAAGAAAAUGCACGAGGUGAUGUCCAUCGAAGAAGUUGAACGCAUCUUGGAUGAGACGCAGGACGCCGUCGAGUACCAACAGCAAAUCGACGAGAUGUUGUCGGGCUCGUUCUCCCAAGAGGACGAAGAAGCCGUUCUGGCCGAGCUGGAGGCCAUCACUCAGGGAGACGUCCAGCUUCCCGACGUUCCUUCGCACCGACUGCCGGACGCUCCCGAGGCCGCCGGGGACCAAGCAGCACGAGAUCGUCCCAAGAAGACGGCGGAGCUGUUGGCCGCGUGACCGCCCGGGAAAUGACCUUCAAAUGACCUUCCGCUUCUCCACCAUCUUGAACGUGGGCGACCUUGAGCCUUCGAGGAGAAACCCGCCGCGCUCGGAGAUUGGCAACGGCGAAACUUGUUGUGUAACUUCCCCGUGUCGUGAGACGGAACCAUUUCGUUAUUUUUUUUUUUAAACGUGAUUUAACGUGAAACCUAAUGGGAAGUGGCGUCAGUCUCAAAAAUUGGACCUUAACGGAAGGAGAUUUUCUGAAAAUCCCAAAUUACUUUUCCAAAAGGUCACUGUCACAAAAACAAUAAAACACAGACAUAUGAUUGUUGAAAUUUGUUCAAUUACAGACGUGACAAAAAAAAAAAAUCUUAAAAUAGCUCGUCGUGUGCACACACUUGACACACAAUUUGUACUCAAUUGUGGAAUCCAAACUUUAGUCCUCAAGUCAAAAUUUCUACAUAAAAUAUAUAUAUACAAUUGUGUAUUGUCACGAUAAAAAAUUCAUUCAUUUGUAACAUAAACCAUUGAUUUAUACCAAGAAAUUUAAAAUGUAUACAAAAUGUUAUAUUGUUUGUACUUUUUGGGUUGCAUUUACCAUAGACAUUAUUUAAUAAAAUAAAGAAAGGACAUUAAUUCUACUUAAUUUUUGGGGUGAGAAAACGGAUAAAUUAAUAUGACAAAUUGAAACAAAUCAGUAUACAGUAGUGCCUUGAGAUACGAGUGAGUGGACUUCCAAGUUUUUGGGGAAUGCGUUACGUCGUGCCGUGGAGCCGAACUCGCGUGAGUUAGCGCCGCGUACGCGGGGCGCCCGCUAUCCUGAUUUGCAGGUUAGCACGCGUGACGUUCAGCGCCGUCGACAGCCGGGGGUGAUAUUGCCCAACACGGCCGCCCCCUGGGAUCGGUGAAAAUGGAUCAAUUUACCCAUUUAAUUCGUAUUCCACAAACGUCGUAUCAAUCAGUACAGUUGACCUCUGCUGAUUUUUUGCCACUUUUAAAAAUGUUGUCUAUUUUAUUACGUUUUCUUUUCAAAAUGUUUCUUUUUCGUUUAGUUUUUCUUUUUGGGGAAGAGAUACCCACCCCAAAAAUGCUAAUUGAUGGUUGAACCUGGUUUAUUCAAUUAUUUUGUUUAAAAAAAAAAAUAAAAAAUUUCCAAAGCACCUUUCAUGAACGUCAACGAUCCCCGCCAGUAGGGGGCGCCUAUCGAAAUCCUUGUUUGGAGCCGUGGGGACAUAUGCAACAUAUUCUUGUGCCCAAAAUGUUUUGUGUUUCUUUCCCCUUUAAGCAAAUAUUGAACGACACAAAUGAAUAAAUACAUUUUUUAAUAACUAAUUUUAGAGGGUGAAACAAAAACAAAUUUUGGCGGAAUCUCGAUGACACGCUCGGUGGGCCCCAAUAAAGGCCGGAGUUUGCCCCCCCCCCCAUCUAAUCAAUGGGUCUCAUAAUCUGUCAAUCAACCCAACAACAAAUGUGUGGAAAUCUCCUUCUGUCCUUCCUUCCUUCCUUCCUUCCUUCCUUCCUGUGGAUUCUUUUCAUAAUAAACCGUUUGGCCAUCUUGUC